UUUUGGUGGUUAGGGAGUUAACUGGAACCUGUCCCCGUUCCGCCCCGGCUUCCCCUGUCCCUUAGGGGGAGAGAGAAGGAAAACCUCACACGCACGCUUUACAGGAAACACUAUCGGGUUGCGGAUUGGCAGUCACGGAGUAGGCGUGGCUAUCACGAGUAGGAGGGACGGCUGGGCGACUCCCAUUGCCACAAACCUGUAGUACAAGGAGAUGGGAUGCCGGCUGCUGCCUGAGGAAGAGACAGAGAGCAAAGUUUCCCCAGAGGCCAGGGAAUGGGCUGAGCUGUGUGAGCCGUGCAGCUGAGCAGUCUGAGCAAUGUCAAUAAUACGUAGAUAAUAUACUUGAGAGGAAAUAGCUGUGCAGUGACUGGCUCUCAUUAUCUCCCCAGUGCACAUGCAAGUGCCCAGCUCUAAACUUAUCUCACUGACACAUCCCUCAAACAAUGUGCUGCCGCUGGCCGGAACCAUUUGACAGUGGGACAUCUAAAGCGUAAGAGCUGCCUCCACUUGUGUCUCCAAACUUGUGUCCCAGCUGCUGUUCCGGGACUAGAUCUCAGCCUCUCGGAUUUGGACUUGUCACAAGAGGUACUGUUCCAUUCCCCCCUCACAGCUCCAGCAACUUCCAUUAAAGACAAGCCUUGCUCCUGCACAGCAAUAGACUGGCUCCUGGGGGCUUCAUAAAAUGUUUGGCUCUUAAAGGCAUAUGACAUGAUUCGCCCACCUGCCUCAUAUCAACAUCCUAAUCACUAUUUUGCAUAGAGGGAUAUUGUUUGUUCUUUGGCUGUGUGUCCUGCUCUCCUCUGUGCCCAUGUAAAGAGGGACAUAUCUUAUAACAACACCAAUCAGCAUGGAGGCCACCAACCCCUAUGUGACAGUGCAAGCACCCAGUGAAUCAGGAGUUGGUAGUAGGGAGCAGGUAGGCUCAGCUGAACUCCCAGGUGGGGCUUUCCCCACUUGCCCUGUUUCGGAACCCUCUGCGGGGGCGGUAUGUGAAGGCAACCAGUGGUUGAGCAAGCAGAGGUCCCUGCGUGUGGUCUAUGUACUCAACGACAGCCCAAAGUCAGCGAUGGGGGGCAGCCCGGAGUCUGGGGCGCUGCACUGCCUGCGUCGAGCCUGUGAGGGAGAAGGGGCACAUCUUAGUAUUGUCAACUUUGGGGAGCUGGACUUUGGGGAGACUGCUGUUCUGGACACCUUCUAUGAUGCAGAUGUUGCUGUUGUGGAUAUGAGUGACGUGGGAAGGCAGCCUUCUCUUUUCUAUCACCUUGGAGUACGAGAAAGCUUUGACAUGGCAAAUAAUGUUAUCAUUUAUCAUGACACUGACCCUGAUACCUCUUUUUCUCUGAAGGACAUGGUGUCUCAGAAAAACACAGCCUCUAGCGGUAACUAUUACUUUAUCUCAUACAUCUUGACGCCAAGUGGGGAUUAUUUUUGCUGUGAAACUGAUGCACAGCGACGAGCCUCAGAGUACAUGCAACCAAACUGGGACAACCUCCUAGGACCCCUAUGUGUUCCUCUGGUGGACAGAUUUAUAAGCUUGCUGAAGGAUAUACACGUAACAUCAUGUGCCUACAACAAGGAGACCCUACUUAGUGACAUCAGAAAGGCCAGAGAAAAGUACCAAGGGGAUGAACUUGCUAAGGAACUGGCCCGGCUAAAGUUACGCAUGGACAACACAGAAGUCCUGACUCCAGAUAUAAUAAUAAACCUGCUGCUGUCGUACAGAGACAUUCAAGAUUAUGAUGCCAUGGUCCGAUUGGUGGAAACGCUAGAAAUGCUGCCAACUUGUGACUUAGCAGAUCAGCAUAAUAUCAAGUUCCAUUAUGCCUUUGCUCUAAAUAGGAGGAAUAAUACAGGGGAUCGUGAAAAAGCUCUACAAGUGACACUUCAGGUGCUGCAGGCCUGUGACCAUCCUGCCCCGGACAUGUUCUGCCUGUGUGGAAGAAUAUACAAAGACAUGUUCCUUGAUGCUGAUUUCAAAGAUACCAAAAGCCGGGAUAGUGCCAUUGAAUGGUAUCGCAAAGGCUUUGAGCUCCAGCCGUCAUUAUAUUCUGGAAUUAAUCUAGCCGUUUUACUUAUUGUUGCUGGGCAGCAGUUUGAAAGCUCCAUGGAACUGAGAAAAAUAGGUGUGCGACUGAAUAGCCUGCUGGGAAGGAAAGGAAGCUUGGAGAAAAUGAACAAUUACUGGGAUGUGGGUCAGUUCUUCAUAGUGAGCAUGCUGGCUAGUGAUAUUGGGAAAGCAGUCCAAGCAUCUGAGCGCCUCUUCAAACUCAAGCCUCCAGUUUGGUACCUGAGGUCAGUGGUACAAAAUUUGCUUUUAAUUCAGAGAUUCAAGAAGCUCAACACUGAACAUUCUCCAAGACAAGAAAGAUUUAAUUUCUGGAUGGAUAUAAUUGUCGAGGCAACAAAGGAGUCUACAAACGGCCUACGAUUUCCAGUUCUUGUCUUGGAGCCUACAAAGGUUUAUCAACCAUCUUAUGUUUCAAUAAACAAGGAAGCUGAUGAGAGGACCGUCUCCCUGUGGCACGUGUCUCCUGUGGAAAUGAAAGGCAUUCAUGAAUGGAACUUCACUGCUUCCUCAAUCAGAGGCAUAAGCAUAUCUAAGUUUGAUGAGAGGUGCUGCUUUCUGUAUGUUCAUGACAAUUCAGAUGAUUUUCAGAUCUACUUUUCUACAGAGGACCAGUGCAGCAGGUUUUGUACGCUUGUGAAAGAGAUCAUAACUGAUGUAGCAGGCAGCAACGUGGAGUUGGAGGGAGAGGCAGAUGGAGAUACCUUGGAGUAUGAAUAUGACUAUGAUGAAAAUGGCGAUCGGCUCGUUUUAGGAAGAGGCACUUAUGGAGUUGUGUAUGCAGGAAGAGACCUUAGUAAUCAAGUCCGGAUUGCUAUCAAGGAGAUACUAGAGAAGGACAGCAGAUAUUCCCAGCCUCUACACGAGGAGAUAGCCCUCCAUAAAUACCUGAAACAUCGCAAUAUCGUGCAGUAUCUCGGAUCCAUUUCAGAGGAUGGAUACAUCAAAAUAUUCAUGGAGCAAGUUCCAGGAGGUAGUUUGUCUGUUCUCUUACGUUCAAAAUGGGGCCCUUUGAAGGAACCCACGAUCAAGUUUUAUACAAAACAGAUCUUGGAAGGACUGAAAUAUCUUCAUGAAAACCAGAUUGUUCACAGAGAUAUAAAGGGGGAUAAUGUUCUAGUGAACACAUACAGUGGGGUGUUGAAGAUAUCAGAUUUUGGAACUUCCAAACGCCUGGCGGGAGUGAAUCCAUGCACUGAAACAUUUACUGGCACUUUACAGUACAUGGCUCCAGAGAUCAUUGAUAAAGGGCCCAGAGGAUAUGGUGCACCUGCUGAUAUCUGGUCUCUUGGUUGCACAAUCAUUGAAAUGGCAACUGGAAGGCCUCCUUUCCAUGAACUGGGUGAACCCCAGGCUGCAAUGUUUAAGGUUGGUAUGUUUAAAAUUCACCCUGAAAUCCCAGAAUCCCUAUCGGCAGAAGCCAGGGCUUUUAUUCUGCUCAGUUUUGAGCCUGAUCCUGCGAAGCGUGCUACAGUAACUGAUCUGCUGAGAGAUUUCUUCCUAAAGCAAUCAAAUAAGGGGAAGAAGAGUAAAAUUGCUUUCAAACCUGCAGAUUACAACCGCAGCACUUCCCUGCCUCUCCCAGUUCCAGGGGAGCUUGCCGGCAGCAGCAGUAGUGAACAUGGAUCUGUUUCCCCCGACUCUGAUGCAAAGCAAGAACUGUUUUUUGACAAGACCAAGAGGUCAAAUUCAGAUUUUCCCAUCAACAAAGGUUCAAAUUCGAACUUGUUAAGUGUUCCAGAUGACAGUUCUGUAUCAGAGGAUCGGAGUAAUCCCCCUUCACCAGAGGAAAGAGACUCUGGCUUGUUUCUGCUGCGGAAAGACAGUGAACGACGUGCGAUUCUCUACAAGAUUCUAAAUGAAGAAGAGAAUAAAGUCGCCUCACACCUUCAGGAAUGUCUCAUGCAGAGUUCAGAAGACGUGCAGCUCUCGGUCACCCACAUCAAGCAAAUAAUCAGUAUCCUAAGGGAGUUUAUCCGCUCUCCCGAGCACAGAGUCAUGGCUUCUACUAUUUCUAAACUCAAAGUGGAUUUAGAUUUUGAUAGCACAUCCAUUAACCAGAUUCAGCUUGUUCUGUUUGGGUUCCAAGAUGCGAUCAACAAGAUAUUACGGAAUCACCUAAUUCGUCCACAUUGGAUGUUUGCUAUGGACAAUAUCAUACGCCGUGCAGUGCAGGCAGCUGUUACCAUCCUUAUCCCUGAGCUUCGAGCUCAUUUGGGACCUGCCUCUGAGAGCGAAGGAGUGGACAAAGAAGUGGAGGAUGAAGAUUACCAACCAGUGGUGCAAAAUGGCACAGAGGACGUGGUGAUAACAUCGGGUGUCAGCACCCUAAGCUCAGUAGUUUCCCAUGAGACACAAGGCCAGCAAACCAACCUGCAACUGGGCAAACUGCGGCAAGAAACUAACAGGUUGCUGGAAGAGCUGGUUCAAAAGGAAAAGGAAUACCAGCUGGUUUUAAAACAGUGUUUGGAACAGAGGAAUCAUGACUUACAUCUUCUUCAGAUCAAAUCAAGUCCAAUUGAUAUUCCACAGACACCUGUCUCUUAUGUGUCACACGACAACCCCACAGACCAAGAACUUGUUAAUUGGCUGAGGGAACUUGGAGCUACUGACGAUGCAGUAAACCAGUUUGUUGAAGAAGAAUACACCCUGUAUAAUGUACUGCAUGAUAUCACCAAAGAUGAUCUGAAAUCACUCAGACUCAGGGGAGGAGAGCUCUGUCGGAUCUGGAAAGCCGUAACCAAACACAGGAAAGGUAACAAUCAAGCCAGCGUCAACAAUUAAUGAAACCAAAUGCAUCGACUCACCGUGAAUGUGAAAGGUUUCACGUGAAAGAAACAUUCCAACUUUUAAAUUAUUUAACUUUUGUACAUCUCUGUAUAGAAUCUCUUUUCUGUGAAAGUCUUUAUAUGUGUAGAUGUUUUUAAAGUUCUCUUUGCCAAAGUUUUCUUUUCAUCAAUGUAUUGCACAGCUGUAAGCGCAGUCCUGAUACACAAUUCCACGGAUUAUUCAUGUACUAAUGCUUAGUUUUCAUUUCCAAUCUCUUUAAAAUAAUUCAUUAUAAACUUGUGACUUGCAACCCA